AUGAUCCUGCACCGCGACGUCUCGGCGGGCAACAUCCUGCUCGACGAGCGCGGCAACGGCUACCUCGCCGACGUGGGCCUCGCGCGCGCGGCAGAGGCGACGGCCGGCGGCAACCAGCACGCGCCAGCUCCAAGGUCCGCUGGAACUCCAUUUCGACCACGUCGCCCUGACGCCGCGAGCGCGCUGCACUACCUGCACACGCUCUCUCCGAUGAUCCUGCACCGCGACGUCUCGGCGGGCAACAUCCUGCUCGACGAGCGCGGCAACGGCUACCUCGCCGACGUGGGCCUCGCGCGCGCGGCAGAGGCGACGGCCGGCGGCAACCAGCAGGUCUCGCACUUGUCGACGCAGCGCCUGUUCGGCAAGCUAGGGUACAUGGACCCAAUCAUCUCGCAGAGCGGGCAGGCGUCAGUGCUGACCGACGGCUAUGCGCUCGGCAUCACGCUGCUCGUCGCCCUGACCGGCCGCGGCGCCGUCGGCUUGCUCGACGAGUGCGAUGAUGCGCUUGAGGAGCCCGACACGGCGGAAGGAUCGAUCGCGGCGGCCGACGCGGGCUGGUCGGCGGCGCAGGCCGAGGAGUUGGCGCGGCUGGUGGUCGGGCUGGCUCUCGUGAGGAAGAAGAGGCGGAUGCCGCUCGCAGAGGCGCUGCCGCGGCUGGAGGCGCUAGUCGAAGCGGCGGGGGAGGUGGAGGAGACGGCUAGGGCCGAGGAGCGCCUGUGUGACGUCUGCUAA